GAAUGAGUACUACUUUCCUUCGGAAUGAAUAUUUAUCUCAAAACUCCCUCUCUACUCUCUAUAUAUGUAUGAGUGCGGGUCGGGUCGUCAUGAAUUCCCUCCCCCCAAAAAAUAAAUUACCCUCGCCGUCGUCAAUUUCAGAGGUUAGGGAUGGACAUUUCCGGCGCCGCGGAGUCCGCAUUUGAAUGGUUCUGUAAUACUGUGUUGGUGAAUCGCUGGACAUAUCUUUUCCUCUCCCCCGUUGUGGCAAUUUCGCUCCCCAGACGCUUCGGAUUCGACUGGAGGCUCGACGGCGCCACCGUCUUCGUAGUCCUCUUCCUCUUCAUGUCGUGGAGGAACAGUGAAGGCGACGACGGAGACGACGACGGCGGCGGAGUAUUUGAGAUGUAUAAGCACUAUUUUCUUCCUCUGAUUGCUCUGACCGUACUGGUCCAAGGCUAUUACUCGCGACUGAGGCUGUCGGUUGCAUUUUACGCCUUGGCCGUUAUUGUGUUCCUCUCGUUGCUCUCUACUAUUUUGACGGCGAUUUUUACCAUGGCGACGGCGUUUCUUACGGCGAUUUUGGGUGGGGGUGAUUCCGACGAAGAAGAGGACGACGACGACGAUGACGACUAGCUGUAGAUGAGCCCAGUGGU